AUGAGAAGAAGUAGAGCUUUCGGGUUCCCAUUGGUGAUUCCAGGUUGCACGAAUUCUACUACAUUAGAUGGGAUAGGACUAGACAUGAGAUUCCUAUAUUCGCUAUCACAGACUAUGGAGAAUCUUGUGGUUAAUAGCGACAACAUCGGCUAUCCUUGUAUUCAUUAUAAGGCUUGUAUGAAAGCUGAAUGCAUCAAGUACCUUGGGAUUUUUGCAAAUAUGGAUGCACAAGCAAAUCAAGUCUAUGAUACAAUGACUAGCAAGAAAGUGUUGUUCAAACUGAUCCUUGCUUGGAUGGCGGUCAAAGAUGGAGUGUGGUCGUUCACGAAAGAGACAUACAAGCUAAAGUAUGUUGAGGAUUCGGGUGGGGAAAACAUCGAUGACUCCAUUAGAAAAAUCACAUAUUACAUCUCGAUGCCGGAUGACUUGGAAGCAUUUCAUGCCAUUUUAUGUACUUUAGACGUUGUGAUUGAUGAGACAUAUGUGCCCGACCCUUCGGCAUUCAAUGUCUCCUCGUUUCUUCAAAACUUGAGCGUCGAGGAUCAAUCUUGCUUUGGUUUCAUAGCCAACCAAAGCCUAUGGAGAUACGACAAAAGGAUUCAAAAUUCAACGAUUCUUGAUUGGUACGAUGGAGCAAUCUCUCAGCCUCGUCUAGUUCUAGCUGAUCUCAUCGAAGCUUUGUUUCCUUCCGGAAACUACACCGCCGCGUAUUUCAGAAAUAUAGUUUUCAGGGUUUUCGUGGGCUGA